GAAGAGACUCUGGCCGGAUUUUGAAGUCCUACACCCCGGGUUGCGAGGUACUUGUAUGGGCACUGGUGCAGUAUCAUACGUUCACCUUAUCCUUGCAUGAUAGAUCGCCGGCGGUCGCGAAUUCAUCGUCAUCAGGUCUUUGGGCGAGUUAUCCUACCGCUCCUGUACCCCGGCUUCAGCCUUCAAGACACCUCUUCCUUUUUCGUCUCUUUGCCGCAGGUGAAUCCUGAACCAGCCCAGGGCAACCCAAUCAUCUUGCAGUACUCGACACCACUACGGUACAGAGCAAUCCUCGUUCCUGCCAACAAUCUAUGAGUACCACGCAGUUUAGAGAGGCGGUGAAACGGGCAGAUUUGUCCAGGUAGGCCGAGUGCACGGGGAAUGGGUAUCGCCUGCAAUACUAAAGGCUGUGGUUUAGUCUCCUUCACCUGUAAACCCCGACUGAGGUAUUUCACAGACUUGAAUCGCAGAAAUUAUGUCGGUCCCGGAACAUCUCCACCGCAAAUCGCGUAGACGAGAUCGCAUUUUCAAUAUUAUCGGCGGCAAGGGGGGGUAUAGGAAGCCUGACGACACAACCAGGCCUCAUUAUGCUGAGACUCUACGCCAGUCAAUGUCACAGGCGUCCAGCAUAACUGGGAGCAUUUCAGUACCGGGCCUAUGGAGCGCCAAAUUUGGCUUUCCGGUGCCAGAAGAGACACCUGACCUGAAACUCGUCACUAUUCGGAAAAAUUCGCUAUGGGACACGGCAUACCGUGCUCUUCCCCAGGAGGAACGCGAAGCUUUUCCUGAAUCCUCGGGGCACCGGAAUUCUGCUCUCGAGGAUGCCCGCGCAGAUGCUGAAACGUAUCGGAGUGUAUGUUACGAAAGGAGGUCGAAGUUCAAUUGGAAGGCCAAGGACUUGCUCCUUCACGAUGUAGUAAGCAGGAUAAUCACUUGGAUAGACAAGUUUAAGACUAUCGGUGAUAUUGUCUCGCAAUACGACCCGGCCCACGCGGUAUUGCCAUGGGUUGGAUUUCGGUUUCUGCUACAGGUAGGUUCCAAACCUAAGGUUUCCAUUCGCUCCAUAUCAUGGCUUCCGAGUCAGCUAAUUUAUCCUUCCCUAUCAUCCAGGCCAUUGUGA